AUGAUUCACUUGGAUGAAAGAUUGAAAAAAAUUUCCAGAUCAAAUGUGAAAUUUUUUAAUUGGGCAAAAACCUUUACUUGUGUUCCAGAAUUAUAUUUUGAACCAGAGUGUGAAGAGGAUGUUAUCAUGAUUAUAGAAUUAGCGAAAACGCAUAACAAAAAGUUAAAAGCAAUUGGUUCUGGGCAUUCACCGUCAGAUUUACCAUGCACUGAUGGAUUUAUGGUAAACAUGGAUAAAUUUAAUCGAGUCUUAACAGUUGAUCAAGAUACAAAGACUGUUACAGUUGAAGCAGGAAUUAAAAUACAUCAAUUAAAUGAAGAAUUAAAUAAAUAUGGUUUGGCAUUGAGUAAUUUAGGUUCAAUUUCAGAUCAAACUAUUUCUGGUGCAAUUUCUACAGCGACACAUGGAACUGGGAUUAAUUUUGGUAAUCUUUGCUCGCAGAUUGUAUCAUUAACAAUAGUAACAGCAUCAAAGGGUGUUUUAUAUUGUUCUGAUAAUUUAAAUCCUGAUAUCUUUAAAGCAGCAUCGUGUGGAUUAGGUGUAUUGGGAAUUAUUAUAAAUGUCACAAUCCAGUGUGAAAAUGCUUUUCGAUUAGAAUCAAUACAAAAUCCAGAGAAAUUAGGAAAUAUUUUGAAUAUUUUAAAUGAGAUAAUAUAUUCUGCUGAACAUGUUAGAAUUUGGUCAAUGUUUAAAUUGAAUUUCUCAAAACCAAUUCAUGCGAUUGAUACUUCUUAUAAAUUAUUUAAUUUUGAUUGCUUGUUUCCACAAUAUACUAAUGAAUGGGCAAUACCAUUGGAAAGAACUGCAGAGGCAAUUGAGAAAUUGAUUACAAAGAUAGAAGAAAUUGGAUUAAAUGUCCAUUUUCCAAUAGAAAUUCGAUUUGUGGGUCAGGAUGAUAUUUGGUUAAGUCCUAAUUAUGAAAGAGACUGCUGUUAUAUUGGAAUUCUUAUGUAUAGACCAUAUAGUAAAUCUGUGCCUUAUAAAAAGUACUGGGCCAUCUUUGAAGAUAUUAUGAAGAAUUGUGAUGGUAGACCUCAUUGGGCAAAAAAACAUACAAUGUCUACAUCUGAACUUUCAAAAUCAUAUCCCAAAUUUAAUGCUUUUUUAAACAUUCAUAAACAAUUGGAUCCAUCCGGAAUAUUUUUAAAUUCAUAUUUAAAUAAACAUUUGUAUGGAAUUGAUUUUAGGAAUCAAAAUGAAUAUCAUCCACGGAUGACGUAUCAACAAAGAAAGUCCAAUUCCCAACAUUCAAAACUUCAACAGAAAAAAGAUAAAUCGAUUCAAAAUAAAAAAAGGUCAAAAGAUAUUCUUUAUCGCGCAAGUUAUAUCAGAGGCUGUCAAACUAAUAAUCCAUGUGCUCAAAUUCAUCUUGUAAAAAUAGAAUUUGGUGAUUAUAAUGAAUUCAAUAUUGAUAAAGUAACUGAAUUCAAUAAUCAUAAUAAUAUUAUUAAAAAUACCGAUGACAUUAAUUUCGACGACGAUAAUAAUUUCGAUGGCUUAAAUGACAUCACCAUUAAAGAAGAUUACUUGACCCAAGUUACAAGAAGAAGACAGAAAGAUAAGAAUAAGCGUAAUAACGGAAUAGAAAUUAGUGAUCGUAGAUUUGGUCCUCCAAAAUUUAGAUAUAAGUAUAGUUCGGAUGCAAUUCAACUUUGUCUUUUGCGAAAUGCCCAAAUUUGGAUUCCCUUAAAAUCUGUGAAAUCAAUUGAGAAAAAAGACAAGAGAGUUUUCAAACUAGAGUUGAAACCUGAUUCUAUAGCUAGGAAUUUGAUUUCUUGUCAAUUUGAUUUUUAUUAUUCGGAGAUUAAAAAAGCAUUGAUUGAAGAAAAUAUCAAAAAGGCACAAUACAUCACCAUGAUCACUCACAAGGGAGUUAAUGAAACUGAACUCGAUAUUAUUGGAUUACAUAUCGACUAUCUUGUCAAAAUGUUAAAUGCCGAUAAUCAACAUGAUUCAAUUUUUUUAAGUUGGGGGGCGGUUGGUUGGGGAUCUCAAGUGCAAGAAUCUUCUUCUUCUCGAUCUUCUCAAGCUGAAGGAAAACAAAUUCAAUCUUUUAACCAUAACAAUAAAGAAAAUGAAUGGAUAAUCAAGUAUAAUGUUAUUGAUGACACACGAAUCUUUCGUUUUAGAGCAUUUACUAAAUUCAGAACGAUUAAAGAGGCAAUUAAAGAAGCUCUUCAAUCUCCUUUUAUUAAAGAAUUCAAAUAUAAAGAUGAUACGGGGGAAUUUAUCACUAUUUCAAAUGAUGAUGAUUUUUCUAUUGCAUUUCACUAUUAUGCAAAAAAGAACAAAUUGGAAAUCUGGCAUUUUUAA